AUGCAGCAGAGAGGAGAACAGCUUCAAGUGAACAGCCUCCUUCGACUCUGCCACGGCGUGAAGCAGCACGAGGAUGGCGGAGGGACCAACCCGCCCGAACAGUACCAUCUACGUUGCGGUCUCGACACCACUCUUGUGACCGCCACAACUCUCUCGGAGGCAUUCGUCCCAUUUGGCGAAAUAGUGGACAUCACCCUGCCCAAGCCUGAGGCGCCGUCUUCGACAGAUCUACACCGUGGCUUUGGAUACGUGGAAUUCGAGGAUGCCGCCGAUGCGAAGGAAGCAAUCGACAAUAUGGACCAGAGUGAGCUCUACGGGCGGGUUAUCAAGGUGGCCAUGGCAAAACCGGACAGGAAGGAUAUCGGAGAAGCUGGGCUAGGUAGCACCACGGCUAUUUGGGAACAGGAGGAUUAUCUCGCCAAGUACGGGACAGCAAACGAGGAUAAAGCUGCUGUGGAAAGCGCAAAGAACGAGAGACCUGCUGAUCCCAUGGAUGGAUUGGAGGGCCUUGAUGUUGCUGGGCCCAAGCCCGAGUGA